GAGACUAUAGUACUUGCCUCAAACCACAGUACAUUGUAGACUACAGCCGAGCACAUUUCGAUCAAUUAAAGACCACGUGUUUUUCAUUCGUAAAAAAUUAAACCUGUGCGUAUAUCGUCUAUUGUAUAAAACUUAUUAUUAAAAAUAUGUCGAGUGUUAGAAGCAGUGAUAUUACUUCAAGUAAUCAAGUUCGAAAUGAAGACGAGCAUUGCAAUUCAACAGAAACUUUAAAUAAAUCAGAAGUUUUGGUAGUCUCAAGUAAAAAAUGUAUUCCAAGGCCGGCAUUCGAACUGGGAAAAAUUGCGGAAUCGGUGAGAAAAAACAGAGUUGAAUUAAUUGUUAAAAGUAAUUGUUUAGUUGGAGGAUCACUUAAAAACGCUGCCCGUGUUGGCGAUAUUAAACUGGUCAAGCUGCGGAUUCGUCAAGGUGCAGAUGUUAAUGAUUUAGGACGAAACGGCCGUUCUCCACUCCACGUGGCAGCAGCGUAUGGAUAUCCCGAGAUCAUUGAACUUCUUAUUAAUAACGGAGCACGUCUUGAUUCAGUAUUAAAUGGACCAACCAAAAAUGGAUAUACGCCGCUACAUAUUGCAUGUUUCAGUAAUAAAAUUAAGUGUGUCAAAGUCCUAUUGAAAUAUGGAGCAAGUGUUACCCCGAAAUGCUCCGAUGUUCACCAUCCAAUCCACAUCGCAGUAUUUAAGAACCAUGUUGAAGUAGCGGCGUUGCUUUUGGACCAUGGCGCAGACGUAAAUCUACGAUAUAACAAUAAAUUCUUUCAUAAUAAAUGGGACCAAUCAAUUUUUUGGAAGGACAUGGAUUUAACGCUGUUACACUACUCGAUUGCUCGACAAUACAAAGAAAUGACAGCAUUAUUGUUGGAGCGUGGAGCUGAUAUUCAUUUAAAUACGAGGUCAAAUAAAACAUCAUUGAUGCAUGCUGUUGAAGCAAAUGAUCUCGAGCUGGUUAAAUCAUUUUUGGCGAAAGGUGCAAAUCCCAACGAUCGAGAUAUUUAUGGUGAGCCAGUAUUGUUUUACAUAGUCGUAAAUGCCUAUAAUCAAUCUAUUUAUUAUAAUAAACAAGAAUUUUAUUCUGAGCAUGAUAGAUCGGAAGUAUUCGAACUUUUAAUCGCUGCCAAAGCUGACCUCAAUGCGAGAUUUCGAUCGAAUGGAUCUUUUAAUUCACUUCUUUUCUACAUGUGUAUGUAUGGACGGCUCAGGAUGACUUACCAUAUACUUGGUAAUAUCAGUUUUGAUUGGCGGAACAUUGAUGUUGCAACAAUUAAAGUUACAGAAUUUAGAGGGGAAGCUAUCUCCCCAAAUGAUGAACAUGAUGAACAAUUCAUUGCAGCUCUUCUCAGUAAUUUUUGUAGAUUGAAAACAUCAUUAUUUUGCCAAAUUUUAAGUAGACACAUGAUGGGUUUUCCACUAAAACAAGAGUUAUUAUCAGCAAUACACUCUUCAAAACACUUCGACAAAGUCAAAUCUAUUGAAAAAUACUUUAAAGAAGAAAUCAGAUAUGUAAAACAAACAACGAUUGGAAAUACUAAAAUUUCUUUAUCGCAUCUAUUGACUUGUAAAAUGACGGAAUUAGUAAGACUUUCAUUUCAUAAAGAUUUUCGGAAUUUAUGUCUGAAAGAUUAUUUAGCUACUUCGCGUUACUAUCAUAACAUGAUUGAAAAUCGUUGGAAUACUGCCGUCAAAAGAAGUACUUCAAUUGUAAGGAGUAGCAAAAUAAUGUUUGAUUUAUUUUCCAAUCAUUUACCGUAUGAUUGUUGCGAAACAAUUGCAUCAUUUCUUAAUGAUAAAGAAUUAGACAAUUUUAUAAAAAAUUGUAGU